CCUAGUUCUUGAGGUGAGGAAUGUCGCUGGGCGUCGUCCUCGGCGCUCCGCCCAGCACGACGCGAGCUCCAGGUACGAUAGUUUGCUCCAGGAGCUUUAGAUCGAAGACGCUAGCGUCUUCCGGCCGCUCGUUUGGAGAUUGGGAGGACGGUCCUCGCGGGAUAAUCUGGGAUUGCCAGCAGAUCGCGCAGGCGGUGGGCGGGAUUUUAGCGAAGCAGGGAUCGCCUGGCAGCAUUUGCACAGACACUAGGGGAAUCCACCGGGGUGACUGGUUUCUAGCGCUCGUAGGUCGAAAUUUCGAUGGGAACAGCUUCCUUGCGCAAGCCCUGGCCGCCGGGUGUGCUGGAGCGAUUGGCCGAUCGAUGCCGAGAGACUGGCCCGUGGGAUUCGUGGAGGUGUCGGAUUCUCUGGCAGCUUUGCACAAGCUGGCGGUCGAUGCAAGGAACAGAUAUAGAGGUCAUGUAGUGGGAAUUACUGGGAGUUGUGGGAAGACAACCACGAAGGCUAUGGUCGCACUGGCUCUGGAAUCUCUCGGGCACAUACACCAGACACAGGGGAGUGAGAACAAUCAUAUUGGCGUUCCUUUGACACUACUAGCGCUGCCAUCUUUUUCUCCGGCGUGCGUUAUAGAGAUGGGAAUGAACCACCUGGGAGAGAUUUUGGAGCUGUCCAGGAUUUGCAAGCCGUCGGUGAGGGUGGUUUUAAACGUCGGUCCUGCUCAUAUGGAGAACCUUGGCAGUUUAGAACAAGUGGCCUUGGCCAAGGGAGAGCUUUUCAGGGAUUCUGGACGCGGAGACGUAUGCAUUCUUAAUGCGGAUGAUCCUUUAGUGAUGGCUAUGCCUGUCUCACCAGAUGCAAUGAUUAGAUUCUUUGGACGCUCGGAAGUAAGUGACUUGCGUUUGCUAAACGGAGAAGUCACCAGUGGUGGUCAGGGUGUCAAAUUUACUUUGCAACAACAAGGUGUUCCAGGUUCCGAGACAACGUUUUUGUCAUGCCCGGGAAUCCAUCUGGCUUCAAAUGCUUGCGCAGCAGCGUGUGUUGCGACCAGUCUGGGGGUUCCACUGAAGGCAGCAUCAGAAUCGAUUUCCAAGUUUUCACCGGUUGGGAUGAGGUCGAGGUUGGAAGCUAUUUGUUCCGACAUCCAGCUGAUCAAUGACGCAUACAAUGCGAAUCCCAUGAGUAUGACAGUCGCUUUGGAGAUUCUGGCCAGUGUCGAAUGCAAAGGCAGGAAAGUUGUGGCCCUGGGUGAUAUGCUCGAAUUGGGAGAUUUCACCAGGGGCGCUCACAUGAAGGCCAUUAAGUGCUGUCAAGAGCUCCAUGUGGAUGUUAUUGGUACAGCAGGGCCUGCAUUUUCUGACGCGCUUAAUGGUCUAGAACUGGAAAAGUGCGAGGUGGUGAAAUGUGAAAACUCCGCUGCUCUUGCCGAGGAACUUACUGCCAGGAUCACGCCCGGUGACGUUGUGCUCGUGAAGGGAAGCAGAGGAAUGAGAAUGGAACUUGUGGUUGACGCCAUAAAACGCAAGUUCUUACAGCAAGUCUGCUGCUCAGCUGCCAAGGACUUAAAGUAAUCUUCUGGACAGGGAAUUACAUUUGUUAAAUUCAGGUACAAAUUAUACCGAUUUCUUUUUUUU